UGAUAGUGCUCGUGCUGGGUGCUGUCUUUCUUUGUCCGGAUUUCAUGUAGUUGCAUAUUGCAGGAUUCGAACUUUUUGUGACUGACAUAAACAUUGCUUAGAUGUUCUGAGCAAUGACUUGUCACAUACUGAUCUGAGUAGGUGAUACUUAGAGUAAUUUAUUUUCUGCUACUAUUCUGAGCUUUUUUUGCCAUUAUACAACAUAAGGGAUUUAUUUCUGUUUUAUUUUAAUCAAGGGGAUUGAUAUAAGGUGUCAACAGCAACAGAUGGCUGAUAGAAACUAUUUGCAGUCAUCUUAACAGAUCUUAGCUUACUCAGCUCUUGCAAAAUACUAACCAGCUGAAAGCUGUGAAAGAAGAGAGGUUGAAAGCUGUAAUGCUAAAUCAUACAGGACAAAAACCCCUAAAAGUUUUAAUACCUGGAUGAGAUUAUUUUGAAAGUCCCUGCUGAGUUUGUUCUGCAGUUACUGUGAGGUAAUUCUCUAAACUGCAGCUGUGGAAAGAAAAAUUAUAUAAUCUACUAAAUGCAAUUAUAGUAGAGAGAUGGUCUCCAAAUUUGCGUGGGUAAAAGAACUUGAGAAGGUCAAACAUUAUAGUGGGAUUUGUGUCCUCCAAUAAAACAAAAUUGACUUUUGAUGCAGAUGAGGCUUUGAAGGAUUUUUUGUCAUUCUUAAAUGGAGAUAUUCCUGAUUUGAGUUGUUUUGUUUUGUUCCACCAAAUUACCUUGUGGUGAUGAAUGGACAGGAGCUGAAGGUUUGCUCUCUACUAAAUGUCAGCUGCUCUGAUAUUGUUGCUGAUAUGGCUCUGGUUGGCUGGCAGUGAAACCUGACUCCCUCUCCCAAGGUUGAAAACCCAGCUGCCACUGUUGGGCAUUUUGCUUAUCUGUUGCUGGUGUUCCCCUGUGUGUUUGCUGGCCAGGCUUUCCACUCAGCACCAGAAAAGAUCACUGAAGGAGCUCAUGAAGCAUGUUUUUUACUUCAUUAUCAGUUUGGUUCUGCACAGAAAGAGCUCACAUCAAAGAAAAGAGAUGAGUUUGAGGAUAUUUUGGAGGAAAGACGGUUGUCCAGUGACUUGAGAUACGCCAUGAAAUGUUACACCCCGGUGAUCUACAAGGGACUUUCACCUUGCAAGCCAAAUGCUAUCAAAAGUGCUGUUCUCCAGUCAGAGCAAGUUCAGUAUGUCAUCAAGCAGUUAGCAAAAGAAAUGGGAGAAUCACCUGAUAUUAUUCAAGAAGAAGCCAUGGAAAUCCUGGAUGAAAUGGGCCACCGUAUGCAACUAGGAGCUGUCAGAUUUUUUGCCUUCACUCUGAGCAAAAUAUUUAAACAGCUUUUCCAGAGAGUUUGUGUGAAUGAAGAAGGAAUGCAGAGAUUGCAACAUGCCAUUCAGGAGCAUCCCGUGGUGCUGCUGCCCAGCCACCGAAGCUACGUAGACUUUUUGAUGUUGUCUUAUUUGCUAUACACGUAUGACUUGGCCUUGCCUGUCAUUGCAUCAGGAAUAGAUUUCCUAGGAAUGAAAAUAGUUGGGGAGCUGCUACGAAGGGCAGGUGCCUUUUUUAUGCGACGUUCCUUUGGUGGGAACAGACUCUACUGGGCAGUGUUUGCUGAAUAUGUAAAAACGAUGUUAAGGAGUGGCUAUGCCCCAAUUGAAUUUUUUCUUGAGGGGACUAGAAGCCGCACUGCCAAGACUCUGACUCCAAAAUUUGGUCUUCUCAGCAUUGUGAUGGAACCCUUUUUCAAACGUGAAGUCUUUGACACGUAUCUUGUUCCCAUCAGCAUCAGCUAUGAGAGGAUAUUAGAAGAAUCUCUCUAUGCAUAUGAACUCCUAGGAGUCCCAAAGCCCAAAGAAUCUACAUCUGGGUUGUUAAAAGCCAGGAGAAUCCUCAGUGACAAUUUUGGUACCAUACAUAUCUACAUUGGCCAGCCAGUAUCCCUUAGAACCUUGGCAUCUGGGAGGAUCAAUCGGUGCCCGUACAAUUUGGUUCCCAGGCAUCUUCCCCAAAAGCCAUCUGAGGAUAUCCAAGAAUUUGUCAGUGACGUAGCUUAUAAAAUGGAGCUCCUGCAAAUAGAAAACAUGGUUUUGAGCCCUUGGGUGCUAGUUGCUGCUGUCCUGCUCCAGAACUUGCCAGCCAUGGAAUUUGACCUUCUAAUAGAAAAGACUCUGUGGCUUAAAGGCUUAACACAGACUUUUGGAGGAUUCAUUGAAUGGCCUGAUAACCUGUGUGCCAAAAAAGCAGUCCUGUCUAGCCUCAUCCUGCAUUCCAACAUCGCUCGCCUUGUCGAUGGCCACAUGGUCCUGAAUGACAAGGGAGUGGAAGAUGGAGCCGUAGGGGAAAUCGUCUUCAGGCACGCGCUGGCCGUGCUCAUGUGUGCCACGUACAGGAACCAGCUGCUGAACGUCUUCGUGCGCCCAGCCCUGGUGGCAGUCGCCUUGCAGAUGGCACCCAGCUUCAGGAAAGAGGAAGUCUAUAGCUGCUUCAACUUCUUGAGAGAUGUUUUUUCUGAUGAGUUCAUCUUCUUUCCUGGCAUUUCAUUGAAGGAUUUUGAGGAAGGAUGUUUUCUACUCACAAAAUGUGAUGCCAUUCAAACGAGUCAACAGGAGAUUUACCCUACUGACAAAGGAAGUGAUACGGUGUCUUUCUUGUCAGCUAUGUUCAGACCUUUUGUGGAAGGUUAUCAGUUAAUUUUCAGAUACCUCUCAAAGGAAAUGAAAGAAGCAUUUACUGAGAAGCAGUUUAUACCCGGAGUCCGCAACUUUGUUUUUCAACUUCUCGAGAAGGGGAGUACACAAUGUUAUGAAGCACUGUCUUCUGACAUGCAGAAAAAUGCCUUAUCAGCUCUUGUGAAACUGGGUGCAGUGAAGAAGAAGAAAAUGCCCAAUGGAUUAACUUACAAUGUAAAUCAAGAGGCUGUUAGUAAAAUCCUGGACAUGUUUGAUGCUCGGAUACCUGUACAGAAACCUGUGGCUGCACGACUCUAAAUGGUCCCUGAUGGAUGUAAGCUCCUGCUGAGAACAUGGACCACUGCCCUGCUGGAGCAGGGGCAGGAACAGACAAGCUUCCCCUCUUGCCCAGCCAGCCUGCAAGUGCGGGAGGUACAGAGGUGUUUCUUCAGCUGGACAGCUCUCCAUUAGCACUUAGGAAUUGCUGCUGAGAGGCUUAGAGGUGUAUGUACAUCCUCACCAUGUUUUGUUUUUUUAAAUAAAUGAAACAUUGUCUCUUUUUUAAAUAAAUAUUGAAAGAGGUGUGCACAGCAAUGGCUACCUAAAUACAUUUUUCUAGACUUGUAGCAAGUGUGAUUGGUUUCAAAUGUUUCAUGGAUGUGAAAAUGUAACAGGGAAUUAAAAGACUUGCUAUUAAAAUUAAUAUUUAGAAAAAAAUGUUGCUGGCUGGCUAAAUGUGAGGCAAGGCCU